GCAUGAUUCAAUUACGAGGCGCCUUUGACCUUAUGCGCGUGAGCUCGUAAACAGCACGUCGCGUGUGUCGAACCGUCGAAUCGUAGCGUGUGCCCCUCGCACUUGACGGGGCAGAUACAAACAUCCAUGCUUCAAGAGACGCUCAGUGAUGUCGACAUCGGUCGAGAAAGAAGCUCUGCCAGAUUAUAGUUUUGGCGAGAUCCUGGGCAAAGGUGCCUUCGGGUCGGUCUAUAGAGCCCUCUGUUGGACUACCGGUGAGACGGUCGCUAUCAAGCAAAUCUCCCUUGGCCGUUUCUCGAAAGCGGAGUUGCCAGAAGUGCUGGCAGAGAUAGACUUGCUCAAGGCGCUCAACCAUCCCGCCAUUGUUCAAUAUCGCGGUUUCGUCAAGACAGAGCAUUCGCUCUACAUCAUCCUCGAGUAUUGCGAGAAUGGCUCGCUUUACACAACUUGCAAGAAAUUCGGCUUGUUCACUGAACGGCUUGUCGCAGUCUACGUCGCACAAGUUCUCGACGGCUUAUUGUACCUGCAUGAGCAAGGCGUCAUCCACAGAGACAUCAAAGCGUCCAACAUCCUGGCAAACAAAGACGGCAAGGCCAAGCUGGCCGACUUUGGCGUUGCUACACGCGUCGGCGGCAGUAUGCAGUCUAGCGUUGUGGGCUCGCCUUACUGGAUGGCUCCGGAGGUCAUCGAUCAGACUGGCGCAUCUACAGCAUCCGAUAUCUGGUCUCUCGGCUGCGUUGUCGUCGAGCUCUUGACCGGCAAACCGCCAUAUUGGAAUCUUGACCCUCUACCCGCCAUGUUUCGCAUCGUCAGCGAUGAUGCGCCCCCACUUCCAGAUGGACUAUCUCAUGCAGCGAUCGAUUUCCUCAUGCAGUGCUUUCGCAAAGAUCCCAACAUUCGUGUUGACGCGAAGCGACUGCUCAGGCACAGCUGGCUCGCACAAAGCAAUGCAAGCGCCGGCGCGAGAGCCAAGGCCGUAGCAACAGCAGCAGUACCGGUCAGCACGUUGAGUAGACGAGAGCCGUCGUCACAGGUCGCUCAGAUCUUGGGGUCUCGCAUUCGUGCGACGAGCAAAACGGCAGCAGCACUUCCCCCUUCUGCCCCUAUAAAAUCGCUCUCAAAGCAUCAUGACGCCGACUCUGGCGAUUGGAACGCAGAUUUCGAGAACGGACCGUCUGCUGCAUUACCUUUGCUAAGCCCGCUCGCGCGAUCCGCCAGACCAAGGCCAAAAGCUUCGCAAUCCGAUGCGAACAUGAAGCGCAAUGACAAAGCGAUUGAGGAUUACUCUGGUAUAUUAUCGGAUAGUGAAGCCGAUCCUUUUGCAGGAAAGAUCCGAAAGUUCAAGCUCAAGCAAAAGGCGGGGGCAAAGCCGGUCUUGCAUCCAAGGGAUAUUUUGCCACCUGCAACGAGCGAGCAGCCUGUCCGGACGCCAAUCUUAGCGAUCAGUAAAUUUGUGGAAUCUGCUGAUGACGACUUCUCCGACCUUGGGCAGCCGCCGACUGAUUUGUCUGAUGCUUCACGAGCCAAUUCUCUGCAAUUACAUGAACGGUCUUCAGGCAGGGUCUGGCUCUCAGCUAGCGACCUGGACGACGAUGAAGAUGUCUUUGCCGAUCUCGAAGAUGGCGCUUCUGAAGUCGAUACAGCUACGCUUGCAAAUGAGCGUGAUGACGCGCGCGUCAAUGCCUUGGUUUCCAUGCUCGGCGAUGCCCUAUCGAACAGCGAACACUCAGCCUGUAGACAGAGCUGCACUUCACUGAUCGAUCUCUUUGCCGCGAAUCCACAGUCUCGCGAGCAUUUCAUCAAAUCCCAUGGGCUGCUCUACGCGCUCGAGGGCAUCUCGCGCCUGCAGGACACAAGCCUGAUCGCUCUUCUCUUGCGUCUUAUCAAUACGAUCGUGUCCGACGAUCAAGCAGUGUUCGCGUCAUUCUGUCACCUUGGCGCGUGCUCGAAGAUUCUUCCACUUAGCAGCAGUCGACAAGUCGAUGAGCUUCGGCAGGAAGCCGCCAUCUUUGUCAGCGCAAUGUGCCAGUCCUCGUCGUCUGCUGUCAUUUCUGCGCUUGUCGCAUCCGGUGGUAUGAGGUGUCUGGUCGAGAUGCUCGGCGCGGCCGGCAGCGAAAGCAAGGAUAUUGCUUGGCUAGCAGUAGAUGGCCUGCAUCGCAUCCUGCAUCAACAGACCUCAACCUACCGGCGCGAUCUCUGCCAGAUUCUGGCAUUUGAAGGCAUCUUCGAGUCGCUAGCACAAGUCCUCGAGACUUGUCAGACUGACGCCACUUUGUUCGCCUUUAAUGCGCGUCGGCAGACCUUGGAGAUGCUACAGACCUUCUCUCUUUGUGAUACGCGACUCAAGACAUCGAUGAUAGAGCCACGACUUCUGACGGCAUUGACGAAUGCGCUCGACUCGCUGCCUGCGGCAGACAUCUUACCAGCGCUGAAGACGAUGCAAAAUAUCAGCGCGAUACCAACUUCGUUGGAUCUGCUGCAAGCAGCAGGCGCUUGUGACAAGCUCGUCGCUAUACUUGGCCGAUCAAGCAAGGCGCAACAUCCGCCGCAGGGCGUUGCCGGCCCAAUCAUCAAUAGUCUCUACAACCUUUGCAGACUGUCUGUUGCUCGCCAAGAGGAAGCUGCCGUCGCUGGCAUCAUACCGCUGCUGCAGAACGUUGUCGCGAGCCGCUCACCUUUGCGCCAGUUCGCCAUCCCUGUCCUUUGCGAUUUUGCGCAUACGUCUGCGCGGUGUCGAUCAUUGCUCGGGCAGCACAGCACUCUCGCAACUUAUCUCACCCUGCUAAGCGACUCGUACUGGGCACGCCAAGCCAUGGAAAGCAUUGCCACGUGGCUACGGGAAGAUACAAAGCCUGUGCAAAAGGCGCUAUUGGCCGACGAUGCUCUCGAGAAGCUCGUCAUCAGCUUUUCAGACAAGGCGGGACCAUACGAAAGUCUCAUCGAGCCCCUCCAUCGUGUUAUGCGAAUCUCAGCCGCGCUCACGCUGAGAUUGUUCAGUCGAGGCAGAUUCUCGCGCGCCGUCUGCCUUCGCCUGUCGGAACAUCGACGUGCCGUUGUGAGGCUCGGUAUGCUUCGGCUGGUUCGAACAGCCUGCGAGUCUUGCCUCGAAGAGCAGCAUCCGCCUGCGCCAUUACUGGAGAUGCACGGCGUCAUUCAGCGAAUUGCAUCGGAUGACCCAGCCGUGCUCGUCAAGCAGCUCGCCGCACAAGUGCGCAAGGAUCUCAAACGCCUUCGGCAGAAAGCACAAGAUCAAAGUCAGGAUGGACGCGUUCUGAGAAGAGCCGAAGGUCCGAGACGUCAGCUCAGCGACUCUCGCGAGCACCGACAUCUUCGGUAAUUAUGUGACGAUAUAUCAGCCAUGUGUUGUCGUACGAUCAUGCACAUCAGUAGAGUCUGUACCGCUAAGGAGCGCGUUUGCCUG